AUGUCUACGACAGACGCCAAUCUAUCCUCAAAUGCGCCACCUGUUCCUGGUGUUCCAUCUCGAAGUUCUGAGUCGGAUAAGACUCAGCCGUUAUGGUAUGAUCCACCACGACAUCCCUUUUGGUGUCUGUGCUUUAAGGCGUUGUGUUUGAUCGCUAUAUCGAAGCCGUCGGUCGACCACUGGGAUGACCUCAUAAAUGGUCGGAAAAGGGAGGAAUGGGUAGAGCAUAAGAAAAUGGUGACAGAUCGAUUAGGAAACAUGAACGUCACAGCGGGUCUGGUUUUGACCACAAGUGCUGUUUUUAUAUCUACUCAACCUCCAUUUCAACCUCUUAUGCCCUAUGCAAGCCAUGGUGAACUUCCGGAUCCUCUUCUUCAAACUUCGUUGGCUGCGUUGAUCAGUUUGAUGACUGGAACUUCUGUCCUCAUCAUCUAUGACACUUGUUAUGGAAAUGCAGAUAUGAAACGGAUAUUGAAAUCGUUAAAGCGAUCCCGCUUGCGCCUCGUAUGCUCCCUUAUACUGAUGGCAUAUCCUUCCCUGGCUUUAGCAGUCUCAACAAUGGCUUUACUGACAGCUGUCUUUAUAGCUGGUUUCACUUCCGACAAGCUCUUCGUGAAAAUUCUGACUGCAGUGACAUAUUUAACAUUGGUUUUUCUCGCUGUGCUCGCUGUAUAUGUAUUCAGCGCUCCUUGGGUUGACAUGCACGAUCCAGAUCCUGCAGAUAGUCAUGAUCGGCCAAGCUCUGAGCCAAAGGGUGAUAGCGUGGUCUUUCACAGAGAAAUCGAGUACUCUGGCAGCCGCAUUAAGCCUCGGCGAAAGGAGCUCGUGUAG